CUUUGCUCCAUUUUCAUCUGUAUAAAUCUGAGACUCCAGUAUUAAAGGGAUUAAAGUUGUUGUCUUUAACAGCUAUUUUUGUUGCCAGUGUUUUACAGAAGGCAGGAGACAGAAGAGAAAAGAUCUUCAUCACAGAUACAGGUGUCCUCCACAGCAGGGCUGUUGGUUUGUUCCUUCAGUCUCUUCUUCAAAAACCUGUCCAUUUUGCGCUAGCAAUACGCUAGCUUGAGGAGCAAAGCAGCUUGAUAAAUGGCGCAAACCGCAGCGUCACAGGCAAUCGGAGAGAUGAGUAUGGCAAACAACGUUUUGAUAUGAUGUAUUAUUAUUAAUAAUUAUAUUUUAUAAUAAUGAUUAAAAAACCAAUUACAAUAUAUUUAAUAAUAAUUAUUUUCAAAAAGUAUAUAUUCUUUUUCACAAUUUUUUUGUUAUCGUCCCUCCAACUUUCUGAGGCCCCCCUAGCGCCCCCUGGCGGCCCCCACUUUGAAAACCACUGAUUUAGACGACUGGAAGCUCCACAAAAUUGGACGAGUUAUUUAUGUAGUCGGUGAGAGAAAUGAAAAGAAAAAUGCCUACAUGUGCAGCAGUGAACUGUACAAAUCAUCAGGUCAAAGGUUGUGGACGGACAUUUCACCUACACGCCCCAGAAUCUCCUGCUGUAAAUGAAUUCCAGAAAAAGUUCAGAUUAAAUCUGAUGAAGAAGUUUCAGUGUUUAAAUGGAGUGAUGAUAAAGCCGGGAACGCGAGCGCUCCUGAAUGAGAUCUACACCGAGCUCUACAUCACAGAGGGAGACAGUGGAGACGUCAAUAAAGAACAUGAGGUGAGACGGCUCGAGGCAGCGUCCAGGAGAAAAACAACAGAGGAAACGCCAAUCAAAUGCAGCGACAUCUUUAAGCCCUUAUCUGAAGAAGACGAACCCAUCAGAACUGUAGUGACAAAGGGCGUGGCUGGUAUCGGAAAAACAGUCUCUGUGCAGAAGUUCAUUGUGGACUGGGCUGAAGGGAAAGCAAAUCAGGACGUCCCCCUCAUAUUUCCACUUCCUUUCAGAGAGCUGAAUCUGAUGAAGGACCAAAACCUGAGUCUGCUGGAGCUCCUUCAUGUCUGCUUUAAGGAAACCAGAGAAACAGAAAUGUCCAGGUUGGAAAAGGUUCUGUUCAUUUUUGAUGGAUUGGACGAGUGUCGUUUCCCUCUGGAUUUCCGGAACACGGUGAGAGUGUGUGAUGUAACUGAAUCAGCAUCAGUGCGUGUGCUGCUGAUAAACCUGAUCAAAGGGAAUCUGCUUCCCUCUGCUCUCGUCUGGAUCACCUCCCGACCAGCAGCAGCUGAUCAAAUCCCCUCUGAGUACGUCCAUCGAGUCACAGAGGUACGAGGGUUCAAUGACCCCCAGAAGGAGGAGUACUUCAGGAAGAGGGUCAGUGAUCAGAGCCUGGCCGAGAACAUCAUCACACACCUGAAGUCAUUAAGAAGCCUGUACAUCAUGUGUCACAUCCCAGUCUUCUGCUGGAUUUCAGCCGCUGUCCUCGAGAGAAUGUUGGGUGAAGCAGAGAGUGGAGAGAUCCCCAAGACUCUGACUCAAAUGUACACACACUUCCUCAUCAUUCAGACAAACAUCAUCAGAGAAAAAUACUCAAAGAAGCAGGAGAGUGAUGAAGACAUGCUGCUGAAACUGGGAAAACUGGCUUUUGAGCAGCUGAAGAAAGGCAACCUGAUCUUCUAUGAGGAAGACCUGCGAGGGUGUGGCAUUGAUGUGACAGAAGCAGCAGUGUACUCAGGUGUGUGUACGCAGAUCUUCAGAGAGGAGCCUGGGCUUCACCAGAGUAAAGUGUACUGCUUUGUUCAUCUGAGCAUUCAGGAGCAUCUCACAGCUCUGUAUGUGCAUCUGACCUUCAUGAAGGAAAAGAGAAAUGUUCUUCAUCAGAGUCGGUCCUUUGAGACAAUUUCAGAUGUACACAGGAGUGCUGUAGAUCAGACAUUAAAAUCUAAGACUGGACAUCUGGAUCUGUUCCUCCGCUUUCUUCUGGGUCUCUCGCUGGAGUCCAAUCAGAAACUCUUACAUGCCUUAGUAACACAGACAGGAAGUAGCUCCCAGAGCAAAGAGGAAACAGUUCAGUACAUUAAAGAGAAGAUCAGUAGAGAUGAGCUUCCUGCAGAAAAAUCCAUCAAUCUGUUCCACUGUCUGAAUGAACUGGGUGAUGAUUCUCUCGUGGAGGAAAUCCAACGCUACCUGAAAUCUGGGAAACGAAGUGAACUCUCUCCUUCACAGUGGUCUGCUCUGGUGUUUGUGUUACUGACUUCAGCACAGGAGCUGGAGGAGUUUGAUCUGAGUAAAUAUACCAGUACAGAGAAGGUAACAGAUUGGGUUCUUGUGAAGGUGAUGCCUGUGAUUGCAGCGUCCAGAAAAGCCGUUAUCAGUUGUGAUAGAAUUGAAGGGAGCGGCGCUAAAGCUCUGGCCUCAGCGCUCAACUCAGAAACCUCCAAUCUGAGAGAACUGCAUCUGACUGUGAGGACACUGGAUCUGUCUGGGAAUAAACUAGAAGACUCAGGAGUGAAGCGUCUCUGCGCUGUACUGGAGAAUCCUCACUGUAAAGUGGAGAGCCUGGUGUUGAAGCAGUGUGGUGUCUCAGAUGAAGGCUGUGCUGCUCUGAGUUCAGCUCUGAGAUCAAACCACUCACACCUGAGACACCUGAAUCUGUCCGAUAAUAAUCUGGGAGACUCAGGAGUGAAGCGUCUCUGUGCUGGACUGGAGAAUCCUCACUGUAAACUGGAGAUACUGUGGUUGGUGCGGUGUGGUGUCUCAGAUGAAGGCUGUGCUGCUCUGAGUUCAGCUCUGAGAUCAAACCCCUCACACCUGAGAGACCUGAAUCUGUCCUGGAAUAAUCUGGGAGACUCAGGAGUGAAGCGUCUCUGUGCUGGACUGGAGAAUCCUCACUGUAAACUGGAGACACUGGGGUUGGGGUGUUGUGGUGUCUCAGAUGAAGGCUGUGCUGCUCUCGCUUCAGCUCUGAGAUCAAACCCCUCACACCUGAGAGACCUGAGUCUGUCUGGGAAUAAAAUCGGAGACUCAGGAAAGAAUCUGCUCUCUGCUCUUAAGGAUGAUAAACAUUACAAACUACAGACACUGUGGAUUUGAUGAACAUCUGUGUGUGUAUGAUGAAGACUCUCGUGUUCCUGCAGUUCCAUGUUGGAAAUGAGCACUUUAUUAGGAACAACUUGUGACCUGCAUGAAACUGCUUACAGUACUCUGCACAAUUUAUCAGUCAGAUCCAUUCCAAAGAAAUAAAAAUAGUGUUUUUAUUUUUAUUGUAUAAAACUAGUUUGUGUAUUUAAAUUUCUGCAACAGUUCAAUAAAUUUAUAUCUCGUAUCAAAA